UACGUACGCUGCCGGACCUGCCCUCCGCCAUGGGGCCGACUCGACCAUCGGACUUCAGUCUGCUGAUGCAUGCCUGUACUCACAACGGGCUGCGAGCACCGUCGCAAUUGACAUUCUGGAACCUACGUCGACUCUGCUCUCGUCGUGGCGCCGCUAGGGCUCGGGCACGUCUAGGGGCGUAUAAAAGCUCGAAACCCUUCCGUCAGUCCCCAGCAUCUUGCAGACCAGCACAAGCCCAAGAAGCUACUCACCCAUCCUCGCCAUCACCCGCAUCCUCCCUUCAUCCACCGUCGUCAUGAAGUUCUCCGCCAUGUUCACCGCCCUCGCGCUCCUCGCGACCAGCGCACUCGCCCAGUCGACCGUCACGGUCUCGUACGACCAGACAUACGACAACGCGGGCCAGUCGCUAGACACCGUCGCGUGCUCGGACGGGCCCGAGGGGCUCGACCCGCCCUACUCGACGUUCGGCGACCUCCCCGACUUCCCGUACAUCGGCGGCGCGGCGGCCAUCGCCGGGUGGGGCUCGGACCAGUGCGGGACGUGCUGGCAGCUGCAGUACACGACGCCGACGGGCACGCCGUACACGGUGAACGUGCUCGCGAUCGACCAUACGGACGCGGGCUUCAACAUCGGCCUCACGGCGUUCAACGCGCUGGUCGGCGGCGAUGGGACGUUCGUUGGCAGGGUGGACGCGACGGCUACUCAGGUCGACAAGUCGGUCUGCGGCCUGUAGGGCGGUGGUAUGUGGGUGCUGUCUCUGUGCUGCGGGUUUGUGCGGAGGCUGACGUGUUGGUGUAUCCUGCAGGACUCCCUGACCAAGCACGACCAGCCC